AUGAGUCUUGCAUCCGAUAUAUCGAGCAUUCAUGCCCGGAAUCCAUCCGAGGUCUUCAGAAAUGCAUACUCAGUCUUUCUCAACACAAUACCAGAGAAUGAACGGCCGAUCAUCGAGGGUUAUUCCGACCUUGACGAGAUGAGUGUGGCUAUCCAUCGCUGCCUUGCUAACAUGUGCGAUGAGAAGCAAAAAAGCCGGCUAGAGAGGUUCGCCCAGGGAUGUCGAAAAGUGGCGUCGUACAUGAAGCCGUAUUUCUCCAUAAUUGAGACAUGGGUCUCAGUCAAACCCGAGUAUCUGGGGCUUGUCUGGGGUACUAUCAAGCUCAUCUUCCAGCUCAGUACCAAUUAUCUCGAAUAUGCGGAGAGGAUUUCAGAAGCUUUCGAGGACAUUGGCCAGUCCCUGCGCGUUUACGAAAUCUACCUGGAGAAAUUCCUUCAACGGUUCGAGAAGCAGCCCGAAAACAUCCCCAGGCGCUUACAAUCCACCAUGGCUGAUGUAUAUGUCGACGUAAUCUCUUUUUUCUAUCGUGUGAUCAGGUUGUUCUCGAAGAAAACACGCGUGGGCCUCAAACUCAGUCAUCGCUUAACCCGCCGUAGAGCUUGGAAACCCUUUGAUUUGGAGUUUCAAGAUGUCAUGACACGGCUCGGAAACCAUCGAACGGUUUUCGAAUUUGAGGUCAGAGCGGCUGCUGACUCUGAAGCCCUCGCAUUUUACAACAGGUUCGAUAAGGAACUUGAAAAGAAUGCUUCGGAGACUGAGGAGGACAAAGCUCGCACAAUGGGUAUGCAAAACUUCGGCGCCUUGACUGAGAUUUUGGUAAUUGACCUCGUUCUUCGACGUGUACAAGACAGCACAAUAGAAAGACUUGGAGACUGGAUCCGACCACCGCAGUGGAAAGCAAGAUAUGAAGAAAUGCUCCGAAUGAAGGAACCCGAGACGGGAGGUUGGAUCCUGGAGCACCCCGGAUAUCGAAGCUGGAGAGUCUGUGAGGAUCCUGACCGGCCAGUCCUGCUCAUUGAAGGCAAUCCAGGUUUUGGUAAAAGCACGCUGUGUACUGUGGUCAUCGAUCGACUUCAGCAAGCCCACGGGGCAUCGCCAGACCCGCCCAUCAACGCAGUAGCCUACUAUUUUUUUGACAGGCACCAUCAACAGCAAGAGAUUGGGCUCGCAUUACGAUCGCUGUUGGUACAGAUGCUUCACAGCUAUCGCCGCGACGAGAAGGCUGUUGACAUUGUCUCCACUCUCUUCGACCACAAGGUAGUGGGGCAACCUGCUGCGACUGAUCUCGAAGUGUUCACCAUUCUCCGCCUUAUGCUCGCCCAAUUCCCGGGCUUUGCCUUUAUUAUUGAUGCUGUUGACGAGUGCAUCGAUCCUCCAACCUUCCUCCAUUAUGUCGAUGAGCUGAUGAUGGAUUGCCGCCGAUGUUGGCUGGUCUUGUUCAGCCGACCCACCGUGCUGCUGCCAUCGGCUGUCCGUGACAAGAGUGCUGUACUGAGCCUACGGCAAGGACAUAAUACAGCCGACAUGAUACAGUUCCUUCGUCCUCGACUAGAAAACCUUGUGGGUGAGGGUUUGAUACCACCACCCGAGUACGCCGAUGAAUAUCUCGACGCAAUCUUGGCCCGAGCCAAUGGGCUUUUUCUGUGGACGAAACUGCUGAUUGCACUGUUGGAGUCGAGGCGAAUGAGCAUUUCGCAACGGCUCGAUGCGAUUGAUAAUCUCAAUCGAUUGCAAGGCUUGGAUAAUAUCUACCGGGAAAUCUCCGGGACACUGAUCAACGGUGAAACAAGCGCUGCUGCUGCGAAUGUGAAAGCUGGUUUCAUCUGGGUUCUGGGUGCCUGUCGCCCAGUGACCGUAGGUGAACUAGCGACCGCCAUGCUCCAGCCCGUGAAUGGUCCUCUCAAAGAAGGGGAUGCCAUCCCUGACCUGGAACAGUCAAUUGGCCACAUCUUUGGGGGCCUAUUAGAGGUUAUUGGGCACAAUACUGUCCAAUUCAUUCAUGGUUCCGCACAUGAGUAUUUUAUCUUCGACGAACGUGAAACCAACCUGUUCACCUCUAGCACGGGAGGACUGCGAUUUACUCGUGCGGAGAUCGAGUUGGGUAUCUCCCUCAGGAUCAUGGGAUACCUGGCUCACACCCUGCCCCCAAGGCCUUUGAGUGGUGACGCUGAUACCAGUAUUGAUGCCCGGGACGCGCACAAGAGGUUUCCGCUUCUAGACUAUGCUGUCCUUUUCUGGUCCAAUCAUGUUCAUAAUCUGGUGCGCGAAGCUUGGAAGCAUCAAGCAGAGCCCUCUUUCGGGGCGCAAUGCCAGCAAUUGUUCGAACUUCUGACCCAAUUCCUCUACAACGGAGACCGACUAUGCGUGUGGUUCGAGGCCUCGUGGACUUUCGGUAAUCCGCCCUCCCUAUGUCCCUUACCACAUGAUAUGUUGCUGGCCUUAAGAGAGAUGGGGGUCACAGUCCGUCUCCUCACGGACGAUUAUCCACUCCUUUCUGAUGACAUCGAAGCCUUGACGGAGUCCUGGUCUUAUCUCCUCGAGGCAGAACCUCAUGUGAUUUGGGAUGAAAGUUUGACAAUCUUCAGCCAAUCCAAGUUCCUGCGGCGAACGAGCCAGAGUCGCUUAAUGCACUUUGAAUACAACGAGGCUGAUAUGGCCAAGACCAUUUUGAUCGUAUCCCAUACUUCGUGGGACGGUACGGCUUCCGCGGCUGUUCGACUGGCACCUCCAAUGGCUCUGGCAUCGCUACGAGCUGAUCAACUCGGCCCAGUCGAACCUUUCGGGUGGACAGCCCAUUAUACACUAUGGAACCUGGAAUCGAAGAUGCAGAUCCUCGCCCUCGCGUGGGUCGUGGAUUCAAGAGCAAUGAAGCUCGUUCUGGACCUCGCCACCAAGCGUCAGCCCGAGAUGCGAGGCAACACCCGGUUCAUGUUUCCCGUCGCUAUCUCGCAGGAUUUACGUCAGGUCGUCGCCCUUAACUCGGUUGUGCGCCUCGAGGGUCCGCUGAUUGCCAACCAGGCAAAGGCCUGCCACAGUCAUCUAGACGUGUUCAAUCGUAUACCACCUGCGUGGAGAUGCAUCGGUCCCGUCCUCGACAACAGCAUCCAGCUCAAAAGUUGGACAGUAGGAAAGUAUUUUAUCGUGGUCGUCUUCCGGCAUGCCAGCGGUGUCUUUCUCUCUCAGCGGGGAAAGCUCGCCUACGAGGGACUGCUCCAGUUUUUCGUGUGCGCCGGCAGAGAUGAGGCAGCAGCAGCAGCAGACGCUUCUUCUUCCAGCGGUGUGAAGAGCAAUCCAGAAGACUAUGCUUGCUUCGGGUCCUGGCCCAUCGACCUACCCGGGGAGUACUUGAGGAAUUAUCUCAAGGAGAGCCUGGUCUUCCACCCAUCGCAGCCUCUGGUUGUAUUUACGGCAUUCACCCCUUUCGGGCGUCGAAUCCCCGGCCAGCGGCCCCAGAGUGCACAGACCUUUCUCUGGGACUUUAGUCGCAGCAUAGGCUGUGAAGGCACAGGCGUAGCUGCCCCAUCGACAAGGAUCUCCAAUCGCAGCCUUUACCGGCCCUGUGAUGGUAUACUUCAGUGUGCUGCGUUCAGCCCCGAUGGUCAGUUUUUACACGGCAAGCAGCCGGGUGAGCACGGCCUCUAUGUGGUCAUAGAUCUUGAUGAGUGUAUGUCGUCGUCGUCUUCAGCAAUGGGCUCUAUUGCAACUGCUGGCAUGCAGGAUGCGUCUCCCUCUCGAGCCCCGUCUGGCAGCCAGUGCUCAGGCCUCCAAGAGCAACGAAAACACCUGGAAGCACGGGGUGCAGCGGUCGCGGUCCGUCCACAGGAUCGGCAGACCCUGACUCGGAUGCUGGAUGGCAUGCAGAUCCAGCCUACCCAAUCGGCAAAUACCCUCUGUUUCUCGUCGCGGAGCCGACAGCAUGGGGGAGCCCAACAGCCCGAGAUCUCCCAGCUACUUGAGUCUUCGGCGAGAGGAGCAGUUGUACUGCGCUCUCUGACAGCUGAUGGUCGGCUCCAGGUACAGACCCUGGCACGUUUGCCCGAGAAUCUACGUUGGUCAUCCACGGCAACAAUCCUGCAGACUGGACCCCCGGAGGGAGAAGGUGCUGACGGGAGUGAUAUGCUCGUUCGCCUGUCCUUGGACAAGGCUGAGAAACACCUCUACUCCAUAGCCGACCUCGAGGAUCGUCGCCCGCAGAGGCUCCAGGAGCAGUUACCAGCGGUCCUGGAGCGGUCGAGUGCCACAAUUCCCACCGCAACAUACCACAUACCGCGACUGAUGAGUCGUGGCUCAACCUCAGGCGCAUCUACACCGCAACCGCGAGUGACUUAG